AUUGAAUUAAAAUGUCUGAAUAAAAGCAAUCAAAUAUUAUCAAUUACCUCUAAUAAUACAAAUAAAGCUAUUAGAAUGCAUUCAAAAUAUUAGAAGAAGUUGAUUUUGAAAUACCAGAAGAAGAAGUUAAGUAGAAAAUUCCAAAAUAGGUAUUGUCUUUAAUUCAAUCAUUAGAUUGAAGAUUAAAAAUAACCGAUAGAACCUAAAUUCAUUUCACAAGCAGAUACAAAAAGAGCGCUUGAGAAUUUUGAUAAAUUAAUUUGUUAAUUAUAAUUAGUAACACCAUUAUAUAGUGAUCCAAAAUAGUACAAUUAUCAAUAAUUAGUUUAAAUUUCGAGUCAAAUGAUAGGACGAAGAGAUAGACUUAGUUGAAACAUCAAUAAAUGUGGGAUUAAAUAAAAUAAUAAUAGAAAGAGAGAUUUGCUAAGUUUUAAGAUGAAGCAAUUUUAGAAAGAAUACUUGAUUUAGACUCUUAACUGAAAGAAGAUUAUGAAUAUAAUUUCUAAUUUUCAAAUGGGACUUAAAAAAAAACAAUUUAAAUCAAAUAUCACGAUGUUUUAAAAUUAAAUCCACCCAAUUAUUUGAAUGAUGGAAUAAUUAACUUUUAUUUAAAAUUUAUCGAGUUUGAAUUACUUGAUGAAUCUUUGAGAUCAAGAACUUAUAUUUUUAAUACUUAUUUUGUAGAGAAACUAUGUCCUUUUGAUAAAUUACAAACAAUCUAAUAGAAUGAUAAUCAUAGAAUAAAUGAGAUUUUUAAACAAUCUUAUGAACAUGUAAAAAGAUGGGUUAAAGAAGAUUUAACUGAAAAAGAUUAUUUAUUAUUUCCUGUAAAUUUACCAGAACAUUGGUCCCUAUUAAUAGCUCAUAAAUAAAGCAAAUCAUUUUCAGAUUCUAUAAUAAUAUAUUUAGAUAGUUUUGGAAUAAUAGAUUAAAAAUUAGUUACAAUAAUUAAGAUGUAUUAAAAACUUAAUUAUAUAGGUAUUUGCAUAAAAUGUAAUGUGAUAAAAUUUAAUCAGAUAUUAAUUAUAAUGAUUCACCAAUAAAAUAAAUUCCUGCUUAUCAAUUAUUGGUACCUCGUCAGGUUAAUUAUGUUGAUUGUGGAGCAUUUCUUUUAGAAUAUGCAGAAUCCUUUUUGUCAAAUCCAAAUUAUCUAUUAUCAGAUUUUGAAUCACCAGAAGGCAUUUAUAAAUUAAAACUCUUUCCAAGAACACUUGUUAAUAAAAAAAGAUUAUUGAUGAAGUAAUUGUUAAUAGAAUUAGUGGAAGUAGGAAAAGAAUAGGCUUUAGUGAAUUACAAAUAAAGAAGAUAAGAAAUAAUAGAGAGUUGCUGUAAAAGAUUUAAUUUAUAUGUAUAUUAGAUUUGAAUGAAGAUGAAUAUGAUAAAAUAGACUAAGACUUAUUUAAAGAGUUUCUAAAUUAAAAGAAUUAAGCCAAUGGAAAUAGUGAACUGUAAAGAAAUAUGUUAUUGGACUUUUACAUGAAUCCGCAAUAAAAUUAUUAUGAAUAAUGAGAGUGUAAUUUAAUUUUUAUUAU